CUAGUCGUGCGUGCACCAAACCCCGAGUUGCGAACACUACAUAAGCAGCCAUCGGCCAUGACCCAGAGCCACAUACGCAUUACAAAGCGCAGCUGAAGCCUGAAAAGUGAUCAACGAUCGGGUAGCGCGCGCACGGCUGACUUUUGAACAUCAGGUGUACUUGCCGUCUAGCCGGCCGGGCAGCGAUCAAGUCGACGGCCAUCUAAGCCAUGAGCAAGAGGAGCAGGAGCGUCUGGGACAUGGCGGCAGAGAUGGGCAGCAUGGACACGGCCCGCAUGCUCAUGCUCCUGGCGCAGCACCACCAGCGCUACCAGCUCGGCGCCGUUGGCGGCGCGCAAGCGGCGCCGAGGGCGACGAGCGGCCGCGUGUUCGAGUGCAAGACGUGCAGCCGGCAGUUCCCGACGUUCCAGGCGCUCGGGGGACACCGCGCCAGCCACAAGCGGCCCCGCCUGCACCUCCAGCAGCAGCACCCCGUGCUCGGCGACGGCGACGACAGGGCCGCGCUAUGCCUCGGCCGCAAGACGGUUACGCCUCUGCCGCCGCCGCGGCAGCCGGCCAGGCCGAGGGCGCACGAGUGCCCCGUCUGCGGGCUCGAGUUCGCCGUCGGCCAGGCGCUGGGCGGCCACAUGCGCCGGCACCGCGUCGAGGCCGAGGCCGGCAAGGCGGUGCCCGGGGAGGCCUCGUGCGGCGACGCCGGAGGGAUCUGCCUGGACCUGAACCUGACGCCGUCGGAGAACUGCGCCAAGUGCAGGAGCGUGGCGGGGCUCGCCGGCGCCACCGCCACCGCCGGGCAGGGCGUACAUAAGGCGCUCGCCAUGCUAGACUGCACGCUUUGAGCAUUUCCAAAGCUGCUCAUGUUUCUUGCUACUGUUUCAUUGAUUUUCUUUUCCUGUUGUUCCAUUGAUUUUUUGGCCCUCUUUCCCUCAACCUGUUACAGUUUCUAGAUUUUGGGAUCCCCUCCCUGUUCAUAGGCUAGCUGGUCUAAACUAAACAAAGUAAACGUCAACUCUUGUACGUAUUUCCUUGUUGUAAAUAAUACUGUACUUCACGAAA